CUUCCAUGCUGUGAUUAUUGAUUCAGAUCCCCAGCGACUCCAGCCCUUCCUACCUCAGCAAGGCCACCAUGUGCCGAGGAGUCACGUUUAGGCAGUUGCUCCUGGUGCUGCAGCUGUCACAAUUCGUAGCUGUCACUCGAGGGAAGACCGUGAUAGUGGGCAGAGAAGACACUUCAGUGGAACUCCCCUGUCAGGGUUCCCAGCGAAAGAGCACAACCUUCAACUGGAAGCUCCCUGACCAGACGAAGAUUCUGGGAAAUCAGAAUCCUAUCUUUCUCUUUAAAGGUACAAUUCCCUCUCCAGGCAAGCGGUUUAGCAAUUUUGAUUCCCACAAAGCUGAUUGGGAUAGAGGGUCAUUUCCUCUCAUCAUCAAUAAACUUAAGAUGGAAGACUCUGACACUUAUAUCUGUGAGGUGGAGAACAGGAAGGAGGAGGUGGAGCUGUGGGUAUUCAGAGUGAGCAUCAAGCCGGGUACCAGCCUGCUGGAGGGGCAAAGCCUGACCAUGACCUUGGAUACCAGCCCUAAGGUUGCUAACCCCUCAAUAGAGUGCAAAGGCCCAGGGAAUAGAAUUGUCAAGAACGCCAAAGUUCUCUCCGUGCCCGACCUAAGGACUCAGGACAGUGGCUCCUGGCCCUGCACUGUGAGCCUGAACCAGAAAGAGAAUAAGUUCAGCAUAAAAAUCUUGGUGCUGGGUUUCAAGAAGGCAUCUACCACAGCCUACAAUAGUGAGGGGGAGUUAGCGGAGCUCUCCUUCCCACUCAACAGUGAAGUAGAAGACUUGAAGGGAGAGCUGACCUGGAAGGCAGAGAAGGCCUCCUCCGUGCACCGCUGGGUCACCUUCUCCAUAGAGAACAAGAAAGUAGUACAGAAAACAGCUGCUGACCACCUCAAGCUCCAGCUGCUGGAGACGCUCCCGCUCGGGCUCAAGAUACCCCAAGUCUCUCUUCAGAGCGCCGGUUCUGGAAACCUGACCCUGACUCUGGACAAAGGAACACUGCAUCACAAAGUGAACCUGGUGGUGAUGAAAGUGGCUCAGCAUGACGACACUUUGACGUGUGAGGUGACAGGACCCACUACCCCCAAGAUGACACUGAGCCUGCAGCAGGAGAAUCAGCCUGCCAGGGUCUCUGAGCAGAAGAAAGUGGUCCAAGUGCCAGCUCCUGAGGCAGGGAUGUGGCAGUGUCUACUGACUGACGGGGGAGAGGUCAAGAUACACUCCAAGAUCCAGGUUUCUUCCACAGGUUUGUUGAACCAGAAUCAUCCUAAGUUCCUGGCUGUCGUGCUCGGGGGCACCUUCAGCUUUCUGGCUUUCAUUGGGCUCUGCAUUCUCUGCUGUGUCAAAUGCCGGCACCAACAGCGCCAGGCAGCACGGAUGUCUCAGAUCAAGAGGCUCCUCAGUGAGAAGAAGACCUGCCAGUGCCCCCACCGGAUGCGGAAGACUCAGAAUCUCAUCUGAGGCCUAGGCCUCACCUGCAGCCAGCCUACCAGCUGUGGCCUGUCUCUCUCGUUGCCUGAGGCCUGCGGACCUAACGAAUGUAGCCAACCCAGCGUCUCUGGCCUCUUGCUCUCCUCUUCCACAACUGGCCACUGUCUCUCUCCCUCUAUUCCCAAGCCCACCAGCAGAGCUUGCUCUCUACUUUUUGGACCCUUAAACACACACCAAUUAUUCUUCCCAGCUUCCUUUUCACCAGAAGCUCGGCCCUCCUCUGACUGUCCCUCUGGGACCACAUCAGCUGUCUGCUUGGAUCUAUGGGCUGUGAGCAGAACCAGCCCUACCUGGCACAGAUGGUGUGGGGUGGCACACAGUUUACAAGAGAGGGUUCUGGGACCAAACCGAGCGAGGGCCUUGUGUGCAGAUCAAACACCCUUGGGACAGACGCAGACCCAAAGGCUACUGAAGUCAACUUCAGUUUCCCAUACCACCUGCUUCUUACUUUUGUACUGGCAAGACCAGACUCACAUUCUGG